AUGGGCGAAGAUAAUGGACCGGUUUGUUCAUCUGAAACCGUCCUUGCCUCAACUGCUAAGACAUUAUCGGAAGAUGGACAAGAGAAUUCACCGCAUAAUUCUGCCAAUGAUUCCGGCCAUGAAACAUCAUCACCUGAUUUACCAUUAACACCUGUCGAGGAUAAAGCCGUUUCGCCUGCAGCAGAAAAAACUGGUAUCGAUGAGCCAUUAUGUCCGAGUGGUGAAUGCGAAGCGAUGUUUCGUAUUCGUAUUAUUGCACCUGGGGUAGAACCAUUUGAUUUACAGGUAAGCUCAAAUGAAAUGGUGCAAGAACUACAUCAGGUGCUGUUAGAACGUGAAGCGACAUGCCAUCGCACGUGUUUCAGCUUGCAGUUAAACGGCGUUUCAUUGGAUCAUUUUACCGAAUUGAAAAAUGUUGCUGAACCAUAUACAACUCGAGAAGCUCGAAUUCAUGUUCGCCAUGUUCGUGAUCUAAUUCGUUCUCUUGAUAUGUCUGAUGCUGUUAAUGGUACUGAUGGUGCAUCACUAUCAUAUCUUGCUACAAUGACACUAGGUGAUCGUAGAAAAAAUACUGAUAAAUCAUUAGAAUGUUCUCCUCCAGAUUAUGUCCUGCCAGGUUAUAAAGAACGUCCACUGAUACCACUACUGCCAGUAAUGAGUGAUCCUGGAGACGUUCUCUAUUUGACGGUUGAUACACGAGAAGGACGACGCUAUCAUAUAACUUGCUGUACGAAAGGCUUUUAUGUGAACGCAACCACUGAAGCAGGUUUCCAACCAACGCCUUCACCGUCGCAUAGAGUUAUUCAUCAUUCGCUUUUGGAUUUACUUUCGUCGAUUAGUAUUUCGUUUAAACGAGCUAUGGCGUUGAUUUUGAAGAAACGUUCCGAAAAGCAUAUUUUCGAGCGAUUGCCAACACCAUAUCAGGUAAAUUCGUGGGUAGCACCGAUAUUCGAGCAAACCGAAGAUGGAAUUCGUGCAGAAGACUGUACACAGCCUCAUAAAAUUGGUCUUGAAGAUCAUAUUCCUGGACAAAUUCGUGAUUGGAAUGAGGAACUACAAACGACCCACGAGUUACCACGUGAAACACUCGUUGUCGAUGGGAAUGUUGUUGCAAUAAAUCCGGCAGACGAACCGCGAACGCAUAUGUAUAUAUGGAAUAAUAUAUUCUUUUCGCUUGGGUUUGAUGUUAAAGAUCACUACAAGGAAUUGGGAGGUGAUGCAGCUGCUCAUGCGGCAACAUCAAAUGAUUUGCAAGGUGUACGAGCUUAUGCGCAACUUGAUAAUCCAAAACUUUUUACUCUGGGUAUGGUCAUAGUUGACUACAAGGGAUUUCGAAUUACUGCACAAUCAAUUAUACCAGGUAUUUUGGAAAGAGAGCAGGAGCAAAGUGUUGUUUACGGGUCGGUCGAUUUUGGCAAAACAGUUGUUAGCUCUGAGGUUAAUGUUCAAGCAAAAAGCAAUAAAAUCAAUGAUAAUUAA